AUGCCUGUGGGAGAAAACGUGGCCGACAGCAGGAAGAUUGGGAUAAAAGAGGAGGGCCUUGACUUGCACAGUGGCUUCACAAAGGAGGAAGAUGCUGGGGUUUGCAAGAUCGAAACAGGCACAGCGGUGAAAGUGGAGCACGCAGAGAGCAGCCACCAGGUCCCAACCACCGCUACGGGCAGUGUGAAGGUCGAGCCCCAAGCAGGAGGAUCCCUCACCAAGCUGGAGAAGGUGGAGCCGGGCGUGGUGAAAGGGGAGCCGGGCUCCUCAGCAGAGACUGGCCCUCAAUGGGCCCGCCCUGGCGAUGGCAAGCCGGCCCUGCCGGAGUUUGAGGAGCAGGUGUCUUUGUGGGCCCGGCAAUGCGCCAAGUUCCGGAAGAGGGCCACUUGGAUGCCCACAAGGCCCUGCUGUCCGGCGAACGUCUUCUUCAGCAACCCGGUGGCGCCACAGGAGAAGGACCCGCCCUGCGUGCAGCGCUUGUCCCAGAAGGAGCUGAGCUGCCUGCGGCGGUUCUUCGAGUGCUGCGGCCGCUCCGGCAGCCGCGCAAGAGGAAGCAGGCUUACCGGCCAGCGGCGCGGAAUGCAUGAAGAUGUGGCCCUGGAUGCGGGACCUGCCCAGCAACAUCUGGCUGGCCGCGGCUGGGCCUACGAUGAGCAGAGCGGUGUACGGCGCUUGUCCUCUGCAGGUGGUGCGGACGCCAUGAAAGGCGUCCAGGUCUGGGAGUCUAUUGGCACGGCCGAGCAGCCAGCUGCAGCUUUGGAGCAGCCGCGGCCUGUCGACAGAGCUGCGCCUGGCCAAAGUGCGAGUCUAGUGCCAGCUGUCCCAAACCACGGGGUGAAGCCGGCGCGGGUUCGGUCCAAACAGCAGGAGAAGCAGAGUGGGGUUCCUAACAUCAGUUGGCAUCGAUCAAUGUUCUGCUGGAGGCUCCAAUGGGCUGAGAAAGGCCAAAAAGGAGGAGAAGCUGCUCGACACAUCCAAUGUUUCGGCAUCAGCCGCUUCAUGAAGGAUGGCCUCAACGAGGCGGAAGCCGAGGCUGCCGCCCUGGAGGCCGCCAAGGCCUUCCGCGCGCAGCUGGUGGCCAAGGGCCGCAUCAAGGAGAAGCUCCGGGACGAGAGCCUCACCUCCGACGUGCCCGGGGUGAAAUUUGCAAAGGCGAGCAAGAAGUGGCGGGUCGAAAUCCCCAAGCCCGGCGGAGGGAGAAUCCAAGGCGGCUACUUCACGGAGAAGGCCGAGGCGGAGGCCAGGGCCCUGGAGCUCCGGGAGCUCCACGGCUUGCAGCGCUCCGUGAAGGCCUCCGCCUCCCGGGCGGAGCACGCUGCCGCGGUGGCGCAGCUUCCGGUCUUCCAGCCCAAGGCGCCGUUCCAGGGCGUCAGUUGGGAACGCUUAAAGCAGUGCUGGCACGCUCAGUUCAUGUGCAACAAGCGCAAGUGCAACAAGGCGCAGGUCCAGGCGAUGGAAGCCAAGCAGCGGCAGAUGGAGUCGGAGCUGCAGGAGUUGCGAGCUGGCAGGCGACCCGCGACCCGGGUCUGGGCAGUGGGGGGUGGGGUGACUGCCGUCCAUGAUGGCGACCUGGGAGAGGGGGGGAGCUGCGAGUUCCUCGGCUUGUGCUUGCGUAAGGCCUGCUUCGGACCGCGGCCGGCUCAGAGGUCGGAUGUGACGGGCUCCCACCAGGAAGUCAGAGGUCGGGACAUGCGCAGCAGUUUGAGCUCCACUGGAGCAUUGCCACGACCGGAAAGCUUCGUGCCAGAUUUUCCGCUCCACGUGGGCGGCGCGGCAGGCAUGAAGGUGGAGAAGAUCAAGGAGGAGAUUUCGGAGCAGGUUGGACUCGCGCCCGGCAUCAAGCUCGAGUCUCCAAUCAAGAAAGAGCUUUGCCAGCCAGGCGAGGAUUCCGUUCAGCCGGUGAAGCGUCGGCGCCUUCGCCGUCACGACAUGCAUGUGGGCCAGCAUGUGGACGCCGCUUGCGGGAAGAUUGGAGCAAAAGAGGAGGGAGGUGACUUGCACGGCUUCUGGCUGCAGGUGAAGCAGGAGGUCAAAGAAGAAGCGCAGUCGAUGGAUGAGGAAAGCCUGAUGGAAGGCUGCUUCACAAAGGACGCUGGGGUGUGCAAGAUCGAAGCGGGCAUGGCGGUCAAAGAGGAGCAUGCAGAGAGAAGCCACCAGGUCGGAAGUGAAGCUGUUGCCCCAAUCACCGUGAAGGCUGAGCCCCAAGCAGGAGGAUCCGUCUCCAAGCUGGAGAAGGUGAAAAUGGAGCCGGCAAGAUUGCCAGAGGCCUCAACCGCUGGCGUGGUGAAAGUGGAGCCGGGCUCCUCAGCAGAGGCUCGCCCUCAACGGACCGACCCUGCCGAUGGCAAGCCGGCCCCGCCGGAGUUUGAGGAGCAGGUGGCUUUGUGGGCCCGACAAUGCGCCGAGUUCCGGAAGAGGGCCACUUGGAUGCCCACAAGGCCCUGCUGUCCGGCGAACGUCUUCUUCAGCAACCCGGUGGCGCCACAGGAGAAGGACCCGCCCUGCGUGCAGCGCUUGUCCCAGAAGGAGCUGAGCUGCCUGCGGCGGUUCUUCGAGCGUGGACAUCCCGUUUUUUCCGCUGCACGGGAGACUGGCCCAACGGCAAAGGUCCCAAAACGCGCGGUCUCAGGAGCUGCGGCCGCUUCGGCAGCCGCGCAAGAGGAAGCAGGCUUACCGGCCAGCGGCGCGGCAUGCAUGAAGAUGUGGCCCUGGAUGCGGGACCUGCCCAGCAACAUCUGGGCUGGCCGCGGCUGGGCCUACGAUGAGCAGAGCGGCCCAAGGCGCUUGUCCUCCUCAGGUGGUGCGGACGCCAUGAAAGGCGUCCAGGUCUGGGAGUCCAUUGGCACGGCCGAGCAGCCAGCUGCAGCUUUGGAGCAGCCGCGGCCUGUCGACAGAGCUGCGCCUAGCCAAAGUGCGAGUCCAGUGCCAGCUGCCCCAAACCACAGCGUGAAGCCUGCGAAGGUGCUGGCCAAACAGCAGGAGAAGCAGAGUGGUGUUCCUGGCAUCAGCUGGCAGAAAAGAAACUUUUGCUGGCAGCUCCAAUGGACUGAGAAAGGCCAAAAAGGAGGAGAAGCUGCUCGCCACAUCCAAAAUUUCAGCGCCAGCAGCUUCAUGAAGGAUGGCCUCAACGAGGCGGAAGCUGAGGCUGCCGCCCUGGAGGCCGCCAAGGCCUUCCGCGCCCAGCUGGUGGCCCAGGGCCGCAUCAAGGAGAAGCUCCGGGACGAGAGCCUCACCUCCGACGUGCCCGGGGUGAAAUUUGCAAAGGCGAGCAAGAAGUGGCGGGUCGAAAUCCCCAAGCCCGGCGGAGGGAGAAUCCAAGGCGGCUACUUCAAGGAGAAGGCCGAGGCGGAGGCCAGGGCCCUGCAGCUGCGGGAGCUCCACGGCCUGCAGCGCUCCGUGAAGGCCUCCGUCUCCCGGGAGGAGCACGCUGCCGCGGUGGCGCAGCUCCCGGUCUUCCAGCCCAAGGUGCCGUUCCUCGGUGUUUUUUGGGACCGUCAGAACCAGGGUUGGCGGGCUGACACGGGGGGAAAGAAUCGGAAGCAAGGAGGCUUCAAGCCCCUGGACCACUCGGAGGCGGAGCUGGAGAAGGCCUUCGCGAAAGCCGUGGCCUGGCUCAAGAAGCAGCGGAAGGAGAUGGCAUCCCAGGGCAUGGCAGCGAAAGGAAAGAAGGGGCAGAGCAAGAAGGCGUGA